CCUCUGCCACUCCUGACACAUCUACCGCUCUGUGGACUGCUGCUGGUCUCUGAUUUUCCUCUCUACGGAAUUAACCACCUCUAAAGCAUCAACCAUGAGCCAGCUAGAGACAGCCAUGGCCCUGCUGAUGCAGACCUUCGAUAAAUAUGCUGCCGGCCAGGGCAAACCGGACACUCUAACGCAAGCAGAGGCCAAGACUUUGCUGGAGAAAGAGCUGCCUGGCUUGAUCAAGGCAGCAAAGAACCCAGGGGAAGUGGACAAGGUGUUGAAAGGUCUGGAUUUUAACGGAGACAAUGAGAUCGACUUCAGUGAAUUCGUGGUUUUGGUUGCUAGUCUCACCUGCGCCUGCCACGACCGCUGUCCAAAGAAGUGAGCAGGGGGUGCCACGCCUGCAAUGACAUGAAAUCCCUUUAGUGACUGUUCUCUGUAAGAACUGAAUAAAAAGAUGCAUUUACCCAGA